GAGGAGAAGAAGCGAAGCUGCAGGGAGGGAGCGCGAGUACGAGCGAGGCUCGGCGCCAGGCGCCUUCUGCCUCGGAGAGAGAAAGAGAGAAGGAGAAAGGCGGCAGUAGUGAAAGAGGGAGGAGGAGGAGGGAAGAGAGGGAGGGAGGGAAGCCGCGCAGAGCGCAGCUCGGCACAAGUGAGGAGCAGCAACAGCAGUCGCCGGGAGGGGGGUGGGAACGGCAGCGGGGAGCCCGGCGGCGGCUUCGGCGGCGGCUUCGUGGAGCUCGUCGAGGGGCUGGCGCUGAGGAUGCGGCUGAAGCUGGGCUUCCUCUUGCGCGCGGUGCUGCUGCUCGGCUCCUUCCUGGGGCUCCUGCUGCUCUGGUCGUCGCUCUCGCCCCGCGCCGAAGACCCCAGCCCGGGGGGCAGGAUCCGGGAUAACAAGGAAGCCAGCAAUCCUUUGCCAAACAAUGGAGACCAUGUCCUGGUUCCUGGAAAUGACAAAUUCAAGCCUGUGUUACCCUGGCCUCACGUCGAAGGUGUGGAAGUAGACUUGGAAUCAAUUCGGCGAAGGAAUAAGGCCAAAAAUGAAGGGAAUCCUCUUGGUGGCAAUAAUGACCAGCAGAACAUCAUGCAGCGACAGUAUCUCACAUUUAAGCCACAGACACUGAUCUACCGUGAUCCUGUAUUACGACCUGGAAUUCUUGGUAAUUUUGAACCCAAAGAACCUGAGCCUCAUGGAGUUGUCGGUGGUCCUGGUGAGGAAGCCAAGCCAUAUGUUUUAGGUCCAGAGUAUAAAGAAUCUGUUCAAAGCAGCAUUAAGGAGUUUGGGUUUAACAUGGUAGCAAGUGAUAUGAUCUCACUAGAUCGAAGCAUUAAUGACUUGCGUCAAAAAGAGUGCAAAUACUGGCAUUAUGAUGAAAACCUGCUCACCUCCAGCGUUAUCAUUGUCUUCCAUAAUGAAGGGUGGUCCACACUCAUGAGGACAGUUCACAGUGUAAUUAAAAGAACUCCAAGGAAAUACCUGGCUGAAAUUGUAUUAAUUGAUGACUUUAGCAAUAAAGCACACUUAAAAGAAAGACUAGAGGAUUAUAUUAAGCAGUGGAAUGGCCUUGUAAAGAUUUUUCGAAAUGAAAGGAGAGAAGGUUUAAUUCAAGCUAGAAGCAUUGGAGCCCAGAAGGCUAAACUUGGACAGGUUUUAAUUUACCUUGAUGCCCACUGUGAGGUCGCAGUAAACUGGUAUGCAGCACUAAUUGCUCCAAUAGCUAAAGACAGAACUACAUGCACUGUGCCUCUAAUAGAUUACAUAGAUGGGAAUGACUAUUCCAUUGAACCACAGCAAGGUGGGGAUGAAGAUGGCUUUGCCAGAGGGGCCUGGGACUGGAGCUUGCUAUGGAAGCGUAUUCCAUUAAGCCACAAGGAAAAGGCAAAAAGAAAAUAUAAAACUGAGCCAUAUCGGUCACCUGCAAUGGCUGGUGGAUUGUUUGCCAUCGAACGUGAUUUCUUUUUUGAGCUGGGUCUCUAUGAUCCAGGUCUACAAAUCUGGGGUGGUGAAAACUUUGAAAUAUCUUACAAGAUUUGGCAAUGUGGAGGGAGGCUUCUGUUUGUGCCUUGUUCUCGUGUUGGACACAUUUAUCGUCUCCAGGGAUGGCAAGGGAAUCCACCUCCAGCGUAUGUUGGAUCAUCUCCUACUUUAAAGAACUAUGUCCGAGUUGUGGAGGUCUGGUGGGAUGAAUACAAAGAUUACUUCUAUGCUAGUCGUCCUGAGACAAAAGCACUAGCAUAUGGUGAUAUAUCUGACCUGAAGAAAUUUCGUGAAGAUCACAAGUGCAAAAGUUUUAAGUGGUUUAUGGAAGAAAUAGCUUAUGAUAUAACUUCUCACUAUCCUUUGCCACCUAAAAAUCUGGAGUGGGGAGAGAUCAGAGGCUUUGAAACUGCUUACUGCAUAGACAGCAUGGGGCAUUCCAAUGGGGGCUUUGUGGAACUUGGACCAUGUCACAGAAUGGGAGGAAAUCAAUUGUUCAGAAUUAAUGAAGCCAACCAGCUCAUGCAGUAUGAUCAGUGCUUGAGUAAAGGACCUGAUGGCACCAAAGUUAUGAUUACACACUGCAAUCUAAAUGAAUACAAGGAGUGGCAGUACUUCAAGAAUCUACAUAGAUUUACCCAUAUCCCUUCAGGAAAAUGUUUGGACCGUUCAGAAGUUCUACACCAAGUGUUUAUUUCAGAGUGCGACUCAAAUAAAGCAACACAAAAAUGGGAAAUGAACAAUAUCCUUAAUGUGUAGACGAAAUAAGCCCAGACCUACCUAUGACAAAUUGAAUUCAUAUAGGACUGAAGAUAGCCUGAAAACUGCUGCAACUAUUAACUUCGUACAGCUGUGAGCCUGGAACCUCUUGAUCUAGAUGAAGGACAUAGAUGGACAGUGAUAGAUUUAUCAACUUGCAGUUGAUGUUUACAAAACUGCUCUUACCUUAAACUUUAAUAGAUGUUUACAUCUCUCUCUCUUUUCGUUUCGUUUUUAGGAUGUUUUUGUUUUAUGGUGCGUUAGUUAAUAAUUGAAUGUGCUUUUGACUUUGUUUCUCUUUCACUAGGAGCAAAGCUAAAAGCACCAACUUGGAUCUGAAGUAGCAGGAAGUUGCUUGCACUCAUGCAAAGGGUGCUUUUCUGCACCGUCUUCUGGUGACAGCCUCCACCCCAAAAGCCCCUCCUGAUGGCUGAAGGAACUUCUGGAAUGGCUUUUUGAGUGGCAUAAAGGGCUGCAAAUUGGCAGCUUCCCAUGUGUGCAUAAGUGAUCCACUUGUGCACAGCCAGGGGGGUUGGAUCCAAGCAUGUUGUUGUCUUCUUUGGGAUUACACUCAGGGGUCUGCAGGCAGUUUUUAUUUUUUAAACACUCACACUUGAAAAAGGUUGGAGUAACCAGACUUUGCUAUAACGUGGUGAUUAUCAACCUGUUGUACGUUGUUUUGAUUUUACAUCUUACCAAGCACUGCCACAGGUUUUUUUUAGCCAGGGUGGCCUUCUUUCACAGUCAUGCUGCUUUUUUGAAAGGUGAAUUUUCAAUGUAUUUAGUGCCUCUUUAAUUUUUCCUCUGUAGUUCACAAGAGAAAAAUAAUAAUCAUAGAACAAGUUAGUCGAAGUGUCUCUUUUAAAAUAGGGAUGAGUUGGUAAAGCUCUUGUGGUUUAAGAUUUUGCCAAAUUUACAGUAACACUCCUUAUUUAUUAUGGUUAAGGACAACCAAUUGAGACACAAGUCAUACCAGGGAUACUGUGAGAGGAACCUGAGAUAGUGAUGCUAAAGCUUCCCUGGAAUCUUUGGAAAGAAGGUUGUAGUCAACAUAUGCUUAAUAGCACUUAAAUCCAUGAGCCACUUGUGUAAAAUAGCAUUGAAGCAGCUUACAUUUUCUAUGUUACAGUAUAUAGCUGAAACUGAAAUUUAGCACUAAGUGAUGCAUUCAGUGGAAGUGAGCAAUCCAAAUUGCAACUAAAAAAAAUUCAAGCACUAACUUCCCUUCUGUAUCAUGCCUUACAAAAUUAUUUUACAAGCACUCGGCAUGUAAAGGGAUAUUGUCAACUAGCUAAAGAUCCAUAUAUAGAUUAGAAGUGAGCAAAUGGGAAUUGAAGGUGAAUUCAAAGGCUCUCUCUCUUCCUCCAAAGAAUUAGGAUGUUUAAACUUUAGGAUUGUGUUAUGACUCCAAAUUAUAUAAUGAUGCCAUGGCAUGAACAGAAAAUGGAUAAUAAAGAUACUAAAAAGAUAUAAACUAAGGGAAAGUUUCUUAAAACAUUUGUGCUGAAUAUUACCCUAAACAUGGCGGGGAGGGGGGGGGGGGAGAGAUAAUAAACGAUACCUGUUUCAAUACUUAAUCCAACUCAAAGGCAGAGAUACUAAAAGGUUUGGUAUUAGUUUCUGGCCCCUGCUGUACAGUUAUGCACACCUAAAUUCUACUGAAAUCAGCUAGGUUCAUAUGCAUGUGACUAUGCAGGAUUUUUAGCUCAAAAUUAAAUUCGGUCAUUUGGAUAAAUUCCCAUAGUAUUAUCUCCUUGAUCUUCACUCAAGCAACUCCUAAAAGCGAGCAAUGGAGAUGCUUCAGUUACAAGGCCAAAUUUUUAGUUUAGUGUAGCUUAGUGUGUUACAACAUUUAGUGAACCCAAAAUUCUGGCCUUAACAAAGGCCUACUACAUAUAGUUUGGAAUCUUUAUUUCUUGGUGUUGAUCUUUUGGGGCCUCCUGAAAGGUGUGAAUAAUUAAAUUAGAAUAUGGAGGAAGAAAUAAAAAGGACAAUAAGGGUGUGGGUACAUUUUAUUGUUUGUGUGUAUGAAAACAGAUUUUCAUUUUCUUUGUUGGACAGAGGUUAAUUUAAUCACAUUACUAUGCAUAAAUGAAAGAUUGCACAUCGAUUGUGCAGGCGUGUGUAUCAAAUGGGUAUUGUGUGCAAUUACAUUAAAAUCCAAUACUGUAUGUGAAUAUGGAUCUGUAUUUUUAAACUCCAAAUCUUACAAAACAACAUAAGCUGUUACUCCUAAUGACUUUUCCUACUGUAACCUGCUUUUUGAAAAGUAGAUUCCAUAUCCUUGCUUUGUAAGUUGAUCACUAUGCAUUUCUACACAUUUUAUAAAUUUGAUUUAUGCAGAUUUUGAUACACUGUAUGUUUCUGUAAAGAUUGUAUAAAUCUUCAAAAGUUUUAAUAGGGAUAAAACUUGGGUAUCUUGUGUAUAUCUUAAUUCUGGGUUGCUUGUUUUUUAGGUGAGGAAAAUAAAUUUUAACUUGUGGGUUUAUUAUAUAUUUGCACCAAA